AUGUCUUAUUUGGCUGGUUCACGAUCAGUUGGACAUAAUGAGUGGCUUGAUGCUGAGAGUUACAUAAAUGUCAAAUUACUCAACACUUUCGGUGCAAAUGCUUAUAGCUCCGUCGAGCAGCAGUGCAAGCAUUUGAUGAAUCUUAGGAUGAAAUGCCUCAUCAAACGAUACAAAAAUAAUUAUCGGCUUCACAAUGGAUCGAAGUCUCAACGAUUCUCUAUGAUUUUGCACGAAAACAUCCAAUUCCCGUCAGACGGGUACCUCCAUUUAGUAGUGGUUGAUAUUGUGAGCACUGGAAAUAUAAGAUUGGUAGAAGUUCCAUUUUAUGACGAUGAGGGCUUUGAUACGUUGAUCAGCCAGAAAAGUCAAAUAGCGCUUUUUCGUGGCCGUUUCUUCAAAGCCAAGAUUAAAUUCAAUCCAAUUAAUCUACCAAAAACUUUGGCAUCGAAUAAUGGUGAUCUGCAGUUUGAUCACUUUGGUACAAUGAAAGCGAUAAAAUGCCCAGAAACCAUCAUCUCAUGUAUGGACUGGAUUGGUCUUUCAGAUAAAGACUUUUCGCUGAAGCUCUACCGGAACUGUGAUUAUUGCCCUUUUUUUCAUUCUAAACAAACCAUCAACACUUUCUUAUACCCAAAUGUUAAUUUCCAGCGUUAUGAGCAAAUUAAACCUCUGGCCAUCAGAAGAUGUUCUGAAUAUAAGAAACGAGUUCAAAAAAAGAUCGAGCGGAGAAGAAUCCUCAAACGAAAACCAUCCUAG